CGGCGAGCCGAGUCCUCGCGAGAGGUGAGGCUGAAGCUGCCUCCGCCAUCUUGAAGAUGGGAGACGGGCGACCGCUGUGGUCUUUCUGCUAAAGCAAACCCCACAACGGACAGGGCCGUCACCCCCCCACACACACACCCCACGGCGAGGCGAGCGUCCCCGUCACUGCUGACCGACGCCACCGAGAGCGGCGAGCGUCAUCAAGGCCGAGCGCGGCGACCCCCGACGGCCCCCCUCCGCCUGCCUCCCGGGCCGAAGGGAAGUGCGGAGGGCCAGAAGGAUGGUGCAGUCCUGCUCCGCCUACGGCUGCAAGAACCGCUACGACAAGGACAAGCCCGUCUCCUUCCACAAGUUCCCUCUUACUCGCCCCAGCCUUUGUAAGCAGUGGGAGGCAGCUGUUAAAAGGAAAAACUUUAAGCCCACCAAGUACAGCAGCAUCUGCUCGGAGCACUUCACUCCAGACUGCUUUAAGAGGGAGUGCAACAACAAGUUACUGAAGGAGAACGCCGUGCCCACAAUAUUUCUCUAUAUCGAGCCACAUGAGAAGAAGGACGAUCUGGAAUCCCAAGAACAGCUUCCCUCUCCUUCACCCCCCACGUCCCAGGUUGAUGCUGCUAUUGGGUUGCUAAUGCCUCCUCUCCAGACCCCUGAUAACCUCUCGGUUUUCUGUGACCACAAUUACACUGUGGAAGACACCAUGCACCAGAGGAAGAGGAUCCUCCAGCUGGAGCAGCAGGUGGAGAAGCUCAGGAAGAAACUCAAGACUGCCCAGCAGCGGUGCCGACGGCAGGAGAGGCAGCUUGAAAAGCUCAAGGAAGUUGUCCAUUUUCAGAGAGAGAAAGAUGACGCAUCCGAGAGGGGUUAUGUGAUUCUACCAAAUGACUACUUUGAAAUUGUUGAAGUUCCAGCAUGAAAAAUGAGAUGUGUUAGUGGGACAAGACUAUAUACCUUCUUUUAGCCUACAUACAGGAGUUCUUUUGAAAAAAUAACACUUAAUUACUUGUAUUAAAAAAAUAUUUUUUUAAAAUAAAUUAGAUAUAUACUGUAAAA